AUGACCACAGUCUCAUUCGAGACCUUGGAAAGCCUGAUGACCUCUAUGGCAGACAUAAUAAAGGACUCGGAGCCUGAGAAGGCUAGCAUUGACCUAGAAAAUGCUACUUCCACAUGUGUCGAUGUGUUGAGAAGCUGUCUAGGUGGACAAUAUCUCGACAUCAGAACAGCCGGUCAGAAACUCCACACUUGCUCCCUGGUCGUGCAGAUGCUCAGUUUGGCGCUUCUGUCCUACGCUCAAGGUCAUACCGGAGAACUACACCCGGCGUUCCUCAAGCAGCCGUUGACGAAGAUCAAGCUCCAAGGAAGCUUGGUGAGUGAUAUAUCCAUUUUUGCCGAGCUGCGACCGUUAGCUUGCAUGCGUUCAAUGAUAGGCGGAGAUGUUCUUGUCUUUAAGAUUGCGUCAAGGCCGCAGGCCACUCCGUCAGCCUCGACAUCGCCAGCAUAUUUAUACGCAACAUGUGCCGAGAUCGUGGAUACUUGGGGGCCAGCUCAUGUCAUCAGAUCCCCUAAGUCGUCAGAUUCAAUGGAAAUCUAUGGCCUCAUGAUCGGAGGAGGCCUCAUCAAAUCCAGCAAUUCUCUACCCUCAGGACUUGACCUCUUUCACUGGUAUCAAGAUGACGAAGGUCUAGGAGCAGAGCCCAAACCGUUUAGUUACCAGGAGGCUAUCCUUGUUGGGGCCGUCACUGUCAACCCAGCUUGUCCUCUUGAUGCUCAAGGGAGCCGCAGGCUCUCUGAAAAAUUCCUGCAAAAUCUAGGAACGGCUCGAGACACUUGGGUUCCGCAUGAGAUUCCUCUAAUGUUACAAGGAGGGAACUUUGCGGUCGCUCAGGUGGGUCUUACGUACCAGAAACAUGCCGGAAGAACUCUGAAAAAGGAGCUCCUCGAUCGCUGGAAUGAUUUCGAGGACAUUCGGCUUUUCGACUUGCCAUGGGGCCUCCAGCUCAGCCUCUGUACAGGAGUCGCUCGCAGGGUGCGCCUACGAGAGUUGAUCGAGGAACCGGUCAUCCGAUUCAUCGACAGUCUCCAUGUGGAUGGGUGGACAGCAUUGAAGCCUACGGCCUUAACAGGUCUAAGAUCCAACGAUUUUCUUCAGUGGUGCAACGGACUCGAGGACGAUGAGAGGGUUUGCCUGAGGUCAGUGUUUAGCAAGUUGCUCAAGCUAUUCGAACACACGGGGUUCGACACGAAUGGCAACACCUUUGGAGUCCUAUGGCCCGAGCAGUCAAACCCAUAUCUAGGGAUCAAAAUCUCUCCUGUCAACUCGCAGCUGUGGUACCGUAUGUUGAAGGAUUCGGAAUGCUGCGCGACUUUUGCCAUUGUGACUUCUCUGUGUUUGGAGACAUCGAAACACAAAUGUCAGAAGAAGCGGGAGCUGCUCUGGCAUCAGGGAGGGACGGUCCUGUCGACGUCAGUAUGUCCAGCGCUUCCAACCCUCUUGCCAGCCAUUCAGACUACCGCCAAUCUAUCCAGGUGGCAGUUGGAGCACAAGGAGCAAUAUUGGAUUGGAAGAUGCGGAGGUGACGUGUGGGUACGUGUUCGCAAGGAGCCAAACCGUGCCACGGAACUGCAGCUCAUGCGCAGGUUUCGCAACUUUCCUUUCUACCUGUUUCGGAACCAGGUGUUGAGAGAGAAGCCCGAUGUCAACUUCCACACCGAGGAAGUCUUUGUCCUCACGGGCAGCUGA